UCGUCGUCGGAAAAAUCGGGACCAGAACCAUUUGGAAACUCUUCUCUUCCGUUCAGUCAGGUGUAGGCAGUGGUCCGAAUUGGUUCCGAAUUUUGCUGGGAGUUUCGUGCGAGUCCCUGGAAGUGUCCUGCUGGGUCUGUUGUGUAGUGUAGAAUUUUCCGCAGCAGUCGGAAGUGAAUCGAGUGCUUGAACAACGGUGCUAAAAGUUCAAGUUUUCACAAGUGCAAAAUCGAAAAUCGAAUCAAAGAAAAUUGGAUGCUGUGUAAAAAUCCAACAGUGAGAUGCGGAUUUUCAAGGUGUGAAAAGUAGCUAGAAGUUUUGCAAAGUGCGCGUGAAGUGAGGGUUUGAAAAUUUUUCCUAGAUAUAAACUUCCAAGCCUAGAUGUUGCAACGACAGAUGUUAAGGUGAAAAUUCAGCAGCGACUGGCUUGAGAUCUGUUGAGGGAAAAUCCCCCACACCCUCAGCUCCGUCAAGAAAAGGGUGAAAUCAAUCGAGUGAAAAAAUAGAAAUCAAGAAAGCUCAUCCUAUCCCGAGAGUGUGUGGAGGAAUAUCGAUAGAUAGUGAAGAAGAGGUCCUUCUGACGAAACGGAACACCAUUUUUUUUCCUACCAGCGCGAGCGAGAAGGAAAAUCGGGAAAAAUUACCUCCAGAAUUAAGCGCAACAUCUUCAGAAUGGCCCCUGGCCAUUACUUCUGGGCGAUAUUCUACUUUGCCUGUCUUUGCAGCGCUUCACUAGCAAACAAUGCCCGGGUUAACUUCCGCGAGAAGGAAAAGAAGAUCCUGGAUCAGAUCCUGGGGGCCGGUAAAUAUGAUGCCCGAAUUCGCCCGUCCGGUAUCAACGGAACAGACGAUAAGGCCACACAAGUGUACGUCAACAUGUUCCUUAGGUCAAUCUCGAAAAUCGACGAUUACAAAAUGGAAUACAGCGUACAGCUGACGUUCCGGGAGCAGUGGCUGGAUGAGCGGCUCAAGUUCGACGACAUCGGAGGACGUCUCAAGUAUCUGACGCUGACCGAGGCCAACCGAGUCUGGAUGCCGGAUCUGUUCUUCUCGAACGAAAAGGAGGGUCACUUCCACAACAUCAUCAUGCCGAAUGUGUACAUUCGAAUUUUCCCAUACGGUUCGGUGCUGUACAGUAUACGAAUCUCGCUGACGUUGGCCUGCCCCAUGAACCUGAAGCUCUAUCCACUGGAUCGGCAAGUUUGCUCUCUGAGGAUGGCUAGUUACGGUUGGACGACGGCCGAUUUGGUGUUCCUCUGGAAGGAAGGCGACCCGGUACAGGUGGUGAAGAACUUACACCUACCACGCUUCACGCUCGAGAAGUUCUUAACCGAUUACUGUAACAGUAAAACUAACACUGGUGAAUACAGUUGCCUCAAGGUGGACCUGCUGUUCAAGCGAGAGUUCUCGUACUAUCUGAUUCAGAUCUACAUUCCCUGCUGCAUGUUGGUCAUCGUGUCCUGGGUUUCGUUCUGGUUGGACCAGGGCGCAGUUCCGGCUCGAGUAUCGCUGGGUGUUACCACGCUACUGACAAUGGCUACCCAAACUUCCGGUAUCAACGCUUCGCUUCCGCCCGUCUCGUACACCAAAGCCAUUGACGUCUGGACCGGCGUCUGUCUAACGUUCGUAUUCGGGGCCCUGCUCGAAUUUGCCCUGGUCAACUAUGCGUCCCGUUCAGCGGAUAGGGCGGCUGACAUUCACCGGGAGAACAUGAAGAAGAAGCGCCGGGAGCUGGAACAGGCCAGCCUGGACGCGGCCUCGGACCUGCUGGACACCGACAGUAACGCCACCUUUGCGAUGAAACCAUUGGUGCGUCAUCCUGGCGAUCCGCUAGCUUUGGAAAAGCUACGACAGUGCGAGGUCCACAUGCAGGCCCCCAAACGGCAAAACUGCUGCAGGAGUUGGAUGUCGAAGUUCCCCACCAGCCCAUUGAAGAAGAUUCCAUGCUUCGGACGAGGACAAUGCUCCCGGUCCAAGCGCAUCGACGUCAUCUCCCGGAUAACGUUCCCGCUGGUCUUUGCCCUGUUCAAUCUGGUCUACUGGAGCACCUAUCUCUUCCGGGAAGAGGAAGAAGACUAGAUCAUUCACGUCGCGGGGUUUCCUCCGAGCUUCCUCGAAUCAGCACCAGCAUCUUCUUCAGUCAGCAUCGUUAUUUUUUCCCACUACAUACUACUAUCCUACUGGCCUUUCGAGAAACCUGUUGGAAUGUCAUCCCGAAUGUCAUCAGCGAUCACCCCCUCUUGAAGAUUUAGGGGAGGCUGUACCGUUUAUUAUCGUUAUUUUGAACAUUAUAAGGUUACGAAGGUACUACAUUUUAGGAAUGUAAUGUUAGUAAUGCUAGGACAGAUUUACGAGAAUUAUUAAGACAUAAGAGAUACACAGAAGAAGAAAAAAUAUGAAUUUGGAGAGUAGUUUAUACGAAAACGUUUCAAAAAUGAUAACAAAAAAAAAUCUAGUCAUAUAAUAUUAGCAACACACAAAUAUAAUUAACGGAAAGCUGAAUCCACACAAGAAAAGAACUGCUCAAAACCCUUUAACGCAACAACACUCGAAUAUCAAAAUUUCUGCAACAUUUUCCCUUCUCUCAGAUUCGAGCCUGCAAAAACUCACUUCUCUCAGCGUGUAUCUAUAUUCUUGACUGUUGAAUGUUUUCUCUCUCCAAAGCGAGAGAGAAAGUGAUUUUCGUUGCACGAUCCUCUUAGCUGUCCGCAACAGAAAUGUUGUCCUUUCCCUACUCUCUUUCUCUCACCAAGUGAGAGAUCCACUAUAGAUGUUUUUUAUAUCAACUGUAAGGUUCAACCUCCAAGCGCUUAACCAGAAAGAAGCGUGAAAAUAAGGCAUCAAAUAUCUCACAGAACAACCCCACAUCCAGACAGUUAAUCAAAAAAACAACAAUAUGCAAAAACAACCAAACAGAAAACCAAACAAAACAAUGGAUGUCUACAGCAAAGUAUCUUAACUGUAAACAAAAACAUAAGUAACCAACUUAGAAAAUCAUUUUAUGUGGUUCCGAUUGAAUUAAAAACAUUCUUCCAAACAGCAAAUUUGCAUUAAAAAAAAUGCGCAGUGUGCCCUUGCCUAAAACAAGAACCUUACGCGGUAGAAUACUACUGAAUGUUUUAAAAGACAUCCUACGUAAGAAACGUAAAAAAACAAACUCGUUGUUAUAAAAAAAGUAACCUUAAAUUGAAAAACAAUCAAAAAAACAAAUUGGUGACAAAGAUCGUCACCUAACAUAAAAGAAACUGAAUUUUAAACAGAACAACCAAACGUUAAGAACUAGAAGAAGAAAAACAUUGCUGCUACAACUACUACCAACAAUGAAACAUGAAAAGAUUUAACUCGUAACCACUACUACUGAUGUGAUUCGAAACGUCCGAUGAAAAAUUCUCCCACACUGAGAAAAAUUUGAUCCACAAAUAUGAACAAAAGAUGCGAAGAUUAAAAAAAACAAAACCUUCUCGAUAGAAACCAUUCGAUUUGACAAAAAAUGAAAACACUGUUCAUAUUUUCUAAUCUGCCGAAAAAUUUCAAAAUUGUAAGAAAAAUUAAAAUUGUCGAAAUUGUCAAAAUUGCCAAAAUUGUCAAA